UGAUUGCAGUGGAAUGCAUUGCUUUGCGUCAUUCUUGGCUGUGCUUACUAUUCAAAUAGUGAAUUGAAUUCGCGAUAUAUAAGCACCACACAGGUAUACACAGCUUCAUUCAGUACAAGUUUAAUAAUGGAUUGCAAAAUGAAUUGUUUGCUGUGCUUUCUAGUGACUUGUGCUAUGGGAUCGGUCCUCACAACUAAUCCUAAGGCAGUACCCACCAAGAUUAAACUAAUUAAGGAUAUUAAUAAAUUCGUUCGAGCACACCCCGAUGUCACUCUAACCAAGUUGGACACUCCUAGAACAGGAAGAGAUAUACACACAAAACACUAUGCUAUGGGUCAAAGAGUGACUGGGGAUCGCCUUGUAUACACCGAAGAGUCUUCUGACAGUUGGGAAUCUUCAAAGAGUGUACAAGCCAUUGUGAUUUAUCCUACCAAUGGUGAAUAUGGAGCUGUGAUAUCCUAUGUCAGUGUCUUCGUUAAUCAGACAUCGAUUAUAGGCGAUGACUUUGUUUUCUUUGGUGGAAUUGAUCUGUCACCAAAAUCACAUUCUCCUUCCAAAUAAACGAGGCAAUUUGAUGCUAGACGUGCAGGAAUCUCUGGCGGCCAUGAAAAAAAUACUUAAAAAAAAACGUGAAAAGAAAAAUUGCAAAGAAAUAAAAUUACACACCCCUUUUUACACAUUUAAAAAUUACAUUCUGCAAAUUACACGUGAAAAACAUUACAUGUUGGGAAUUACACGCAAAAAAUAUUACACGCUGAAGAUUACACG